UUUCAGGCUAAAAGCGAGAUUGGCGAUUUGGUGGCUUCGGCUGCUGUCGGACGGUGCUGGCGAUCAGCCACUGCAGAACCCAGUCUCCCUCCGAGCUGCUCGCUGCCGCUCCGACCACGCCAGCGGCCGGCGGGGUAGUUGGGUGUCACUAUCCGGGGCUCGCGGUGCCAGAGUUCACGGCCUUGGCUUCGAUUUCUCGGCAAGGACAGUCAUGGCGUCGCAACCGAGUUCCUCUGCAAAGAAAAAAGAAGAGAAGGGGAAGAACAUCCAGGUGGUGGUGAGAUGCAGACCGUUUAAUUUGGCAGAGCGGAAAGCUAGUGCCCUUUCUGUGGUAGAAUGUGAUUACUCACGAAAAGAAGUUAGUGUUCGAACUGGAGGAUUGACUGACAAGAGCUCAAGGAAAACGUAUACUUUUGAUAUGGUAUUUGGAGCAGCAACUAAACAAAUUGAUGUUUACCGAAGUGUUGUUUGUCCUAUUCUGGAUGAAGUUAUUAUGGGCUAUAAUUGCACUAUUUUUGCAUAUGGCCAAACUGGCACUGGAAAGACCUUUACAAUGGAAGGUGAAAGGUCACCUAAUGAAGAGUAUACUUGGGAGGAGGAUCCCUUAGCUGGUAUAAUUCCACGUACUCUUCAUCAAAUUUUUGAGAAACUUACUGAUAGUGGUACUGAGUUUUCAGUCAAAGUGUCUUUGUUGGAGAUCUAUAAUGAAGAACUCUUUGAUCUCCUUAAUCCAUCUUCAGAUGUUUCUGAGAGACUGCAGAUGUUUGAUGAUCCCCGUAACAAGAGAGGUGUGAUAAUCAAAGGCUUAGAAGAAAUUACUGUACACAACAAGGAUGAAGUCUAUCAAAUUUUGGAGAAGGGAGCUGCAAAAAGGACAACUGCAGCAACUCUGAUGAAUGCAUACUCCAGUCGUUCCCACUCUGUUUUCUCCGUUACAAUACAUAUGAAAGAAACAACAACUGAUGGAGAGGAGCUUGUUAAAAUAGGAAAGUUGAACUUGGUUGAUCUUGCAGGAAGUGAAAACAUUGGCCGUUCUGGAGCAGUUGACAAGAGAGCACGGGAAGCCGGAAAUAUCAAUCAAUCCCUCCUGACUUUGGGAAGAGUCAUUACUGCUCUUGUAGAAAGAACACCUCAUAUUCCUUAUCGAGAAUCUAAACUAACUAGAAUCCUCCAGGACUCUCUUGGGGGACGUACGAAAACAUCCAUAAUUGCAACAAUUUCUCCUGCAUCUGUCAAUCUUGAGGAAACUCUGAGUACACUGGAAUAUGCACACAGAGCAAAAAACAUAUUGAAUAAGCCUGAAGUUAACCAGAAACUCACCAAAAAAGCUCUUAUUAAGGAAUAUACCGAAGAGAUAGAACGUCUGAAACGAGAUCUUGCUGCGACCCGUGAAAAGAAUGGAGUUUACAUUUCAGAAGAAAAUUUUAGAGCCAUGAGUGGAAGACUAACCAUUAAAGAAGAACAGAUUGCAGAAUUGGAAGGGAAAAUUGGUGUCCUUGAGGAGGAACUAACGAGGGUUACAGAAUUGUUUAUGGAUAAUAAAAAUGAACUUGAUCAGUGUAAAUCUGACCUACAAAAUAAAGCACAGGAGCUUGAAACCACUCAAAAACAUUUACAAGAAACGAGGGUACAGCUUUUUCAAGAAGAAUUUAUCACCUCUGCUUUGGAAAGUACUGAGGAGAAACUCCAUGAUACUGCUAGCAGGUUGCUUAACACAGUUGAGGAAACUACAAAAGAUGUAUCUGGUCUCCAUUCCAAACUCGAUCGGAAGAAGGCAGUUGAUCAGCACAAUGUAGAAGCUCAAGAUGUUUUUGGCAAAAACCUGAACAAUCUCUUUAAUAGUAUGGAAGAACUCAUUAAAGAUGGCAGCUCAAAGCAAAAAGCUAUGUUAGAUGCUCACAAAACCUUGUUUGGUAACUUGCUGACUUCCAGUGCCUCUGCAUUAGACACCAUUACUACAACAGCACUUGGGUCACUUACAUCUAUUUCAGAAAAUGUGUCUACCCAUGCUUCUAAAAUAUCCAAUAUGAUAUUACAAGAACAAUCAUUGGCAGCAGAAAGUAAAACUGAACUUCAGACAUUGAUCAAUGAAUUCAAAACUGAACUCUUAAAUAAAUUGGGAACAGUUUUAUCCCCCACUGUGGUGUCUAUCCUGGAAAUCAAUAGUCAACUAAAGCAUAUUUUCAAGACUUCAUUGACACUGACUGAAAAGAUAGAAGAUCAGAAAAAGGAAAUGGAUGACUUUCUCAGUACACUGAGUAGCAAUCUACACGAACUACAGGAAAGUACAACUUUUUCCUUGGCUGAGUCACAGAAGGAGUGUGAAAACUUGACUGAAGACCUUAAGUCCAUAAAGAAAAUCCACUCGCAGGAGCUUUCUCAGUUGAUCAGUCUUUGGGAAAACAGAUUCUGUGCUUUGGAGGAAAAAUGUGAGAACAUCCAGAAGCCUCUUAAUAAUAUCCAAGAAAACACAGAACAGAAAUCUAAGAAUAUAAUCAAUCAAACAACUUCUCAGAGGACAAAAUUUUGCUCUGAUUCUGAUGGUUUGACACAGGAAUUCAGACAUUUUAGUCUAGAAGGUGCAAAGUUGGUUGACAAAUCUGUGAAACACUGUGGUGAACUUAGUAGUAACCUUGAAAUAAUAACUGAAAAGGCUGAACAGAGAAGCGAAGCUCUGAACAGAGACACACUCUGUUUUGCUGAACGGUGGAUGUCUUGCUUAAAUAAAAGAGAAGAGGAACUUCAGAAUUUGCUUCAGGUUAUAAACCAAGGUUGUGAGUCUUCAUGUUCGGAGAUCGCUGAAAAACUAAGAGGACAUAAAGCAACUCAUGAGAAUCAGCAUAACAUUUUCCUCAGUCAGAUCACUGGUGAUGAAGAAGGACUAAUGGCACAAAGCCUCGAGCUUAAUGAAAACAUAAAAAUGGGUUUGACGAAGCUUAAUUGCUUUCUGCAGCAAGAACUGAAACUGGAUAUUCCAACAGGUACAACACCACAAAGAAAGAAUUAUUUGUACCCAACAACAUUGCUGAGAACUGAACCUCGGGAACAACUUCUUCAUCAGCUGAAAGAGAAACAGCCUGAACUGUUGAUGAUGUUAAACUCUUCAGAAAACAAAAAAGAGGACAGCCGGGAUUUGGAUGAAGAAAAGGCCAUUCUGGAACACACCAUUGAGGAACCUCUGAGUCAAAAGCCAAUUGUAGAUGCUAAUGUCAAUUAUUUAUCAAGUGGUGGGGUCCCGUUUUUUCAGCAUAAAAAGUCACAUGGAAAGGACAAAGAAAACAGAGGCAUUAAUGCAGUGGAGAAGUCUAAAGUGGAAGAAACUACAGAGCUCUAUGUCACAAAAAGCAGACUACCUCUUCGAGCCUAGAUCAAUCUUUAGUUAACUCAAGGACUGGUAAUUCAUUCAUUAAGAAAAAAUAUUAACUGUAGCUCCAGAACUUGAGCCUGUGUAGAGAUUUAAAGGUAAUAGAAACUAUCAAGGCAAUAUUGUACAUAGAAGUUAAGUUUAAUAUGUUUACCCAUUUUUCUGUCAUCCCUUUAGUUGGGCUUCAUUUGGGAUUAACUUGGAAUAAAUAUUUCUAGUUUUUGAUAGAAAAUACCCAUUUUACAGCAAAUGCAAAAUAGUGUUUGUAUAUGAUUAAGUAGAAGGACGCUUCUCUGUUAUUCCAGGCUUGACCUUACAUAUGUAAAUAUCACUAGUACUUGGCUUUGCAAAGGAUCAUUUUCUUUUCCUGCUGUGAUUAUGUCUGUAUUUGCUUGCUUUCUUCCCUAGACUUUUCCAUCCUGCCUUUUGAACUCAUUUUCCCUUUUUGUCAUCAUUCUUUUUGUAGACCACAAAAUGGUGCCCAUUCUUAUGAGAUAGCUAGAAUUUCACCUAGAAAUUCUUGACAUUUCCAUUGUUAUCUCUAAAAUCACUGUCAGCAAUAAAUAUAAUCCUAGAAGUAUCACUUCCUUCAAUAUUUUUGUUUCCCCCAAGUGUAAAAGUUUCUCAUUCUCUUACAUGGAUUAUUAUGUGAGUCUUCCACAGAAUUCAUAAAAUGCCAACUUCUCUAGAAUAAUAUCCAUUUCUAUCGUGGGAAUACUACUUGGAGCUCUGAUUAAGGACAAUGUGGUCCCAUUUUAAGACCUUUGUUGUGCAGAAAGUCACAGUGAUUAUGGGCUGUUUUAAGCUAUUAUUUUCUUCUUUGUAUAUAAUAAAAUGUGUAUAUAUACAGUUUUUUUCCCUAUUGAAAAAUUUGUCCAUUACGAUUCCCUUUAUCUUUGCCUUGACAAUUUAUUGGAGCAGCCAAAUUUCUGGAAGUUGAGAUGUUUCUACAUGAAGGAAAAGAGCACUUGGAAUAUAAAUGUUGUGUCUCCAUCAAGUUUAGUGUACAAAUUUAGAGAGAUGUGACUUUGAAAGUAAACCCCAUUGGAGAUUUGAACAUGUGCUACUUCAUGGAACUAAAUUCACUUUGUGGACAUAUUACACCCUAAUAAAAAUAUUAUUUCUAUGCAAAAUCAGAAUGUCAACAUAGGUUAUGAAUAACGUCUAAUAAACUGUUGGUCAAUGUGUAUAAAUAAAAAAAAUUCAUAAAUUUA